GCCUGGGGCUCUCCAGAUGUCCAGACCUCCAACUUCUUGCUUUCACAAGUAGCUCAUGGGUGCUGCCGGGAAUUGCAGUCUAUCCAGUCUGUAGGAAUAGUUGUGUGUCUGGGGCUCUCGGUUACUUCCUCCUGAGCAGCACUUUGUUUGCUAGCAGCUCAACGUCCAGCCUGAAUAUGUACCUCUAGGAGGAUGAGGGAGGAAGCUCGGGACACUGUGUGUGUGACAUUCUCUUACUGGGAGCCAUGCUUCACUCUGGAGAUGUAUUUAAAACAGAUCUUGUGUGCCCCGGUGCAUGAUGGGACCUACAUACCCCUUGUCGCCUAUAGAUCCUCUUGCUGUCUGGGUGCACACAGGGAUGGGGAGCUGGCAAUUCAAUUCAUACAAGAGGCUGCCAGACUGCUUGUCUUAUAGGGGGGAAUCCAGCUGUGCUGAGUUAAAUCCUUAGCUAUCUUCUUUGCUGGAAGUUGCAGUUUAACAAGAGCCGGAGGGCUGCAGUUUUUCCAGAUGUGCUGUGCUCUGCUUGUUCUGAAAGAAUGCAGUUAUAUGGAAUCCAGAUGCAGUCAUGAGAGUGCUUGACUUUUUUAGCCAUCUGAAAAGCAUUACAAUUGGAUGCAGGCAAGAUAUCACUAUCUCAGCUACAGAUUUCUCUUUUGAGUACGCUUUCAUUCGUCAUCGUUAAAUGGGGAAGAACAUUCAGAGUCCUAUUCAAAAUAACUAAAGAUUGACGUGUACAAGAAGGAUUAAAUGGACCCUGCAUUCUACAUCCGCUUCUUUUUUAGAAUAUGUCACUACUGGAAAUUAAAACCAUCCUAUGCUUCAACGUUUCACUGGUUUCAGAUCAUUUUCUUGUGAGUUCACAAGUUGGCAACCUAUAGCCAACAUGGCUCAGACCAGUUUACUGCAAGGGAAACCUUUCUACUGCAGGGAAUGGAUUUUCCAUAAACUUCAGCACUGCCUGCAGGAAAAAAUAAACUGCAGCAGUAGCACAGCCAACAAACAUUCACUUGUGGCUAAUUCUGGGAGCAAUGGCGGCAGUACAGGAAAAGGCACAGCAUGGGGUUUAUUAUUUGUUGGGGGCCCUGGAAGUGGAAAAACAGCACUUUGUACAGAGCUGCUGUGGCCAAGUUCACCUGCAGGUUUGCAGAGAGGAGUACACCGUCAUGCUCUUGCUUAUCAUUUUUGCAGAGCGCAGGACUCUGACACACUGUGCGUUGGAAGCUUUAUUAGGAGUUUGGUUGAUCAGAUCAGUCAAGGUGGACUCAUGCCAGAUUAUGAAGACAAGUUAAAUGACCCUUCUGUUCAGAGCCUGUUGCAGCCAGGAGAAUGUGAACGGAACCCUUCAGAGGCCUUUAAAAGGUGUGUUCUUCUACCUCUUCUGGCCAUGAAAGCCCCUGCUCAAAGUCUUUUCAUGGUUGUUGACUCUGUUGAUGAAGGCUGUAACGUUGUUGAAGGAGAACACAGACCCUCAGGUUUAUCUGGAACAAUAGCAGAUCUUUUAGCAACUCACCAUGAGUUUUUUCCGCCAUGGCUACUUCUCAUCUGUUCAGCACGCAAGCAAAGUAGAACAGUGACAAAAAUGUUUACAGGUUUCCGAAAAAUAAGUCUGGAUGACCUCCGCAAAGCUUACAUAGUAAAAGAUGUUCAACAAUAUAUUCUUCAUCGUUUGGACCAAGAAGAGGCAUUGAGGCAACACCUGACAAAAGAAACUGCAGAAAUGUUAAAUCAACUGCACAUUAAAAGCAGUGGGUGCUUUCUGUACCUGGAACGUGUUUUAGAUGGAGUUGUAGAAAACUUCAUCAUGCUUCGAGAGAUCCGUGAUAUUCCUGGAACCCUGAAUGGCUUAUACCUCUGGUUGUGUCAAAGACUUUUUGUUAGAAAACAAUUUGCGAAGGUCCAACCAAUUCUAAAUGUUAUCCUGGCUGCUUGUAAGCCUUUAACAACUCUUGAACUCUUUCAUGCAGUUUGGACCAAAAACAUGUUGUUAACAAUGGAAGAUUUUCAAAGGAAAUUGGAUGUUCUGUCAAAAGUCUUGGUAGAGGGAUUGGGGAAUACUAAAAUUUUAUUCCAUUAUAGUUUUGCAGAAUGGCUGCUAGACGUAAAACAUUGCACACAGAAAUAUUUGUGUAAUGCAGCCGAAGGACACCGAAUGCUUGCUAUGAGUUACACAUGUCGAUCUAAGGAGCUUACACCAAUAGAAGUACAGGAGUUUGCUUUUCAUCUUAUACAUUCAAAUUUACAGUUAACCAAUUCAGAGUUGGCUUUAUGGAUGAUCUGGAAUGGGACGUGUGUGAAAGACUCACUGUGCACCUUAAUACCAAAGGAACAAGAAGUGCUACAGUUGUUGGUUAAAGCAGGAGCACAUGUUGAUAGUGAGGAUGAUCGAACAUGCUGUAUUGUUCGACAAGCAUUGGAGCGAGAAGAUUCUAUUCGUACAUUGCUGGAUAAUGGUGCUUCAGUUAAUCAAUGCGAUUCAAAUGGAAGAACUUUGCUGGCCAACACUGCUUAUAGUGGAAAUCUUGAUGUGGUUAACCUUCUUGUUUCAAGAGGAUCUGAUCUUGAAAUAGAAGAUGCCAAUGGGCAGACAGCACUUACUUUAGCUGCCCGCCAAGGACAUGUAAAGGUUGUGAAUUGUUUAAUUGGAUGUGGUGCAAAUAUAAAUCAUUGUGAUCAUGAUGGAUGGACUGCACUCAGAUCUGCAGCCUGGGGUGGGCACACUGAAGUAGUAUCUGCACUUUUGUAUGCAGGUGCAAAGGUAGAUUGUGCUGAUGCAGAUAGUAGAACAGCUUUAAGAGCAGCAGCCUGGGGUGGGCAUGAAGAUAUCGUUCUGAAUUUACUGCAGCAUGGAGCAGAGGUGAAUAAAGCUGACAACGAGGGCCGAACUGCUUUAAUUGCUGCAGCAUAUAUGGGACACAGAGAAAUUGUGGAGCACCUUUUAAGCCAUGGUGCAGAGAUAAACCACGAGGAUGUGGAUGCAAGGACUGCUUUAUCAGUUGCAGCACUUUGUGUACCUGCCAGCAAAGGACAUGCAUCAGUUGUUAGUCUCUUAAUUGAGCAAGGUGCUGAAGUGGAUCAUUGUGAUAAGGAUGGAAUGACUCCACUACUUGUUGCAGCAUAUGAAGGACAUGUAGAUGUAGUUGACUUGCUUCUAGAGGGUGGAGCAGAUGUUGAUCAUACUGAUAACAAUGGACGUACUCCUCUACUUGCUGCUGCUUCAAUGGGGCAUGCAGCAGUUGUCAACACACUUCUGUUUUGGGGUGCAGCUGUUGAUAGCAUUGAUAGUGAAGGUAGAACUGUGCUUAGUAUAGCUUCAGCUCAAGGCAAUGUUGAAGUUGUGCGGACACUUUUAGACCGGGGCCUUGAUGAAAAUCAUAGAGAUGAUGCUGGAUGGACACCUCUACAUAUGGCUGCUUUUGAGGGUCAUAGAUUAAUCUGUGAAGCAUUAAUUGAACAAGGGGCUAGAACAACUGAAAUUGAUAAUGAUGGACGAAUACCACUGAUUCUGGCAGCACAAGAAGGGCACUAUGAUUGUGUGCAAAUACUUCUAGAGAAUAAAUCUGCAGUGGAUCAGAAAGGCUAUGAUGGUCGAAAUGCCUUGAGAGUUGCAGCACUGGAGGGACACCGAGACAUAGUUGAAUUGCUUCUCAGUAAUGAAGCAGAUCUUAAUGCCAAAGAUGCUGAUGGUCGACCAACACUAUACAUACUAGCACUAGAAAAUCAGCUAUCAAUGGCUGAGUAUUUUUUAGAAAAUGGGGCAAAUGUAGAAGCUAGUGAUACUGAGGGAAGGACAGCUCUUCAUGUUUCCUGCUGGCAGGGACAUUUAGAAAUGGUUCAGAGUCUAAUAUCCUAUCGGGCUGAUGUCAAUUCCUCAGACAAUGAAAAAAGAUCUUCCUUACAGUCCGCAGCAUGGCAAGGUCAUGUGAAAGUGGUUCAGCUCUUAAUUGAACAUGGAGCUGUGGUUGACAAUACAUGCAACCAGGGUGCUACUGCUCUUUGUAUUUCAGCACAGGAAGGUCACACUGACGUUGUCCAAAUUUUGUUAGAAAAUGGAGCAGACCCAAAUCAUGCAGAUCAGUUCGGACGUACAGCAAUGAGAGUUGCAGCAAAAAAUGGGCACAGUGAAAUAGUUAAACUACUAGAAAAAUAUGGUGCUUCAAUACCAAGUGGAUGCAGUCCAUCACCUGUUCAUACUAUGGAGCAAAAAGUCUUAAAUCUAUCCUCAAAAGUACAGUCGUCAACAAAUAAAUCAAACAGUUCUUCUAGCACAGGAGGUGGUGAUGUGCAUCCCACUAUGCGUGGUUUGUGUAAUGGGCCUGCUCAUGCCUUUAGCUCUCCGUCAGAAUCUCCAGAUUCUACAGUGGAUCGGCACAAGUCCUCUUUAUCAAAUAAUUCCUUAAAAAGUUCUAAGAAUUCUUCUCUUCGUACAACGUCCUCUACAGCAACUGCCCAAACUGUGCCUAUAGAUAGUUUUCAUUGCCUUUCAUUUACAGAGCAAAUUCAGCAGCAUUCUCUACCGCGAAGUAGAAGUCGGCAGUCAAUCGUUUCUCCCUCAUCUACAACACAUUCCUUGGGGCAAAAUUAUUCACCAACUAGUGAAUUUGAAUGGAGUCAGGUAAAACCCUGUUUAAAAUCAACAAAAACAAAUAAAAGCGGCAAAGGAGAAUCAUCAAGCAAAUCAAACUCUGUUGCAAAGAAAACAAAACAAAAUAGCUGCUCUCAGCCAAAAGUUUUAGAAUAUGAAAUGACUCAGUUUGACAAACGAGUGCACGCUCAAGAUUCUGUAAACAUUAAUUUACCACUUAAACACAUCCCUGUAGACGGUAAAAUCCAAAUUCCAUCAGUCCAACAGGAAGUUGGUCGCUCUCAACAGCAGUUUCUUAUUCAACAGCAAAAUUCAGAACAAAAGAAAAGAAAUGGGAUCCUGACUAAUCCUAAUUAUCACCUUCAAGGAAAUCAAGUUUUUCUUGGGAGAGUUUCUGUGCCACGUGCAGUACAAAGUCGAGGACUGCAGGAGGUUUUAGAAGGUUUUCCUUCAGCUGACACAGAAUUGGGCCUUAAGCAAUCACUAAAGCUACAAAUUGAAGGAUCUGAUCCAAGCUUUAAUUAUAAAAAGGAAACUCCAUUAUAAAUGGUUUCAGAAGCACAAGCGCAGAAUAUGUAUUACUGGAAGAAUACAUCAUUUGUGAUGAAGAUCUAUUUGCAAUUUAGGUCUUUAAAAAAAAAAUGGCAACUGUGAUGUUAUAAAUAAAAAGAUGACUUGAAAAUUGCUUUAAUGUGCCUAGUUAGGCUACUCUUAAUAAGCAUACGUGCUUAAAUGGAACUAUAUCUGUAGGAAUAAAUGUCUUUUAAAGGGCAAUAUACGCCUAUGUUUAAAAUGAAUCCAUUAGCAGAACUCCAUUCUGCCUAUUUAUAUGCAACACUUUCAUUUUACACUUGACCCAGCCAUUUCUUGGGAGCAAUUUUGGUAGGGGAAGAACAUUUAAGAACUGAUACUGUAUAAUAAACGUUAGCAGUUAGAGUAAGGCUAAUGGCAAACACAGCAUUAUCUUCCAAGCCAUGUUUCUAAUGGAAAAGAAAUGCAUAUUGCCUCCAAGGCUGCCUGCCAUUGACAUUAAUAGCAUUAAGCCAAUGUUAAAUUGUUUGUUAUAAAGGAAAAUAUGCCUGUACAAAUGUACAGAUGAUGGUCGACACUUGCCAUUUAAAUCAAUAGCAUGUGGCAGGAUUGUUCCAUUAGCCUUACAGGAAGGAAGAAAUUCAUAGACAUUUUCACCUUCCUUUCAGACCUCUACUGCUUCCAGGGGAAGGAAGUACAGUGGCACCAAUGUGUUCUGUAAAUCGCCUAUCAUUGCUUCUCAUAGUAUGUUCACAGCACACGCUUGCUCUGUACAGAAAUUGUUGUUUCACCAUUUCUGAGCAGAGACUAAUUUGCCAUGGACAGAUGUAUAAAAUAUUGUGCAGUUGGCUGCAUGCGUUAUUUCUGAUUCUCUUCUCUGCAAGAGCACAGUAGCAGUGAAAAUUACAUCUGCCAUAGAUGUAAAGGUAAAUAGAAAACAAUGAUAAGUAAGCACUUUAUUCUAAAAAUAUAGAAUGUAUUGCAUUAAAAAGCAGAACAGCUGUUCAGUACAAACCUUAUUCAAUUUCCUCAUGUUGCACCUAGAUGUAUAUUGGCCCAUUGUCCCUUUAAGGUAAAACUUGCAUAGGCAAGGACUUGCUAUUGCGGUCCAAUAUAUUUUCAUAUGUUGUUUCUGCAUUGAAAGGUAGCAGCUGUCUGUAGCUGUCAUACUGUAUAUUCCUUCUCACAGUUUCAGUGAACUACACAAAUUCCACACAAAUACUAUUUUUUUACACUACCAACCCAAAUAGUAAAAUUCAAGAAUAGAAAAAAGCAGGAGCUAUAGGCAAACAAACAAAGAAUCAUAGUAAUGCAGUCAAUGUGUUGGGAAAAAAUGGGGGACUAUUUUUAUAUUCUGCAUAGAGUGGAAUGUCAUCUCAAAGCCUAGAUAGCACCUGCUGCAGUUUGUGCCUAGCAGUAUUUUCUACUUUUCCCCAAUAUGUUCUACUGCUGUGAGAGACGGUUGCUUUUGUUCCAUUAAACGUCAUGUAUUCCUAUAGUUAUAGCUUUAAUUUAAACUGUAUGGUGCACAAGAACCUGCAGGCUUAUGUCCUUUUCCCUUUAACAGAACCUAGUAUUCAUGGUGCCCUGCACGGAGAUCCAUCAUCCACUCCCACAAUGCAAAAUGUGGAUUGUAUUGAAAAUCCCAAGUGGCUUCAGCCUUUUUUUAUCUGCAGUAUUUUCUUUUUGUAUUGUAUUAUUGUUGGUUAAGCCAAACUUUUACAUUGCGCAGCACACAGACAUUUUCCCAAACUGGAGUUAAAUGUAUCAGGCUCAGUUUUUCUAGAAGCAUAUGUAUCCAUCACUGAAGAGCUCAGUGUUCUAUAUUUUCCGUGUGGUUAUCAGUAAUUAUUUAAUUAGACUAUGUAUCUUGUUAUGUUGUCUUUGUCCUGUUAUGAGAAUAACUAUGUAGUCUACCUGUUGUGUCAAACGUGGACAUGUACAAACACACCACCUGAAACGGCCGUGGAUCCUCAAAAUUUGUUGUAGUAAAGUUAAUACCAUGUAUUUAUUUUCCAUGCAAAGCACUAGUAGUUGAAGCGGCCUCUGCUGAGGAUUCAUGUCAUGUUAGAAAAGUUGUGAAUAUCUUGUCCCUGUGGGACAUAUACUUAAAUACAUUAAGUUCUUAAAUUAAAGAGCCUUAAGAAUGCUAACUGCUAGUUAAAUGAUAUGUUACAGAAUAUGAAAAAGAGAGUACGAUGUAUUUUGUCGUACUGUUUAGUCACAGAUUUCUGGUUUAAGUGCUUUUUUUGACCACCACCCCUCCCUUUUUUAUAAAUUGUAAAAAUGAUCUGCCAUUUCUACUGAUAGAUUAUAUUAGGAUAUUUAUUUAUUUUGAUUUUUUUGUUUUUUUUUAAAGUACCUUGUGUUUUGUGGAUGUCCAGUUGCACAAGAGAGAAUUUUUUCAUUCCCAUUAAAUAACUUUAAGUACCAAUUUUUGGCAUUUUAUUUCAAAUGCAGAGUGAAAAAAGCAAAUAUUUUUUAUAACAGCAAAUGAGUUGUUUUUCCAUUCUUAAAAAGAAAAUGACCAGUUCACAUUUACUGGUACUUUUUUUGUCUCUUUUUUUCUCUCCUUUCACAAACCACUAUCGGUAUUUUAAGCAACUGCAAUAAUAUUUCAGCAAACGUGGAUAAAAAGCAGAUCUGAAUAUUUAGACCCAAGUGCAUGAUUGCUUGUAAUAACAUUUGCUCAUUGAUUGUUUGGUAUUGUUCUACUUUAUUCAGUGUUUAUCAUUUAUUUGUAAAAUGAUAUUUCUCAAUCACUUACUCUGCUAUGCAAAUGUAUUUUGCUCAGAACAUCCUCAAUGAUAACUUCAUUUGAUAUUUUGUUAUUGUAAAUAGCCAAUGUAAAUGGAAUUAAACAUUGUAAAUGUUUUAUUUUAUUCCUUGUAUUAUAUUCAGCACAGGGCUCCUAUGUAUAUUAAAGUGCAUAAUAAAUAUAUUUGCUUUUCA